AUGACCAGCACCGCUGGCGCCAUAUACAGCUGGCAAUGCAACCAGAAUAUGCUGUCUCUGGCACAGUUCUAUUCGACAAUACUCGACCUCCAGAACAGGGAGGCACGAAAACACCCGGAACCGUACAAGCUCUCGGACGACAAGGAUGCCUGGCAGAUCUUCGCCGACCAGGCCGACAACACGUUCCAAGCGAUGCUCGGACCUCUGAGUGGUUUUUACAUCUUCACGACAGGUGCAAGCCAGAGUUACAAAGAAAACGUUGAUCGUGCUCAGCUUCACACGGGCUUCCUGUCUGCCAUCUUCUCUGACUUCAGUCUUCAGGAGGACGCCAAGAAAGACCUCGACAAAGUCCUCACCAACUUCGCCCAGGCUGUCGGUGGAUUCAAGAUGGAUACGGAAGCGCAGACCAAGACUAUGAACUAUACCCUUAAGAUCAACACCGUGCCAACCAUGACGAUUGGCGGAACGGCCGAGCAUCCACUCACUGUGAACGUGCCCACAACGACGAUCGUGUACAUGAAGAUCAAGGCGACGGCUUGGAAAAGCGCUAUGGACGCUUGCAGUGUGGGAGGAGGAGCUGAACACUUCGAGUUCGACAUGACGUACACCAAGACCAACUGCCAGCUGAACAUGGACUGGUACCAGAAGGCCAUCCCCAAGUUCAAUGGAGUUUGUCACGGAAAAGAACCUUGCGGCAUACGGCGCCGGCCUGUCCCAGCCCGUUAA